AUGACAACCCAGCUCGAUGACUCCACGUCACCAGCCCUGCGUGGGGACAACGCCACGAGUUCGCAGCCCCUUAAACCGGAUGGAGAGUCCUCGACGGUGACAUUGACAAAGAAGGAAUACGACGAACUAGUGCGUAAAGCUCGACGUCUUGAACCUCCCAUCCUACGUGAUCCCCGAAAUCCCCAACCACUGCAAACUGAAGGGGAGCGAAAACUUCUGGGAAUGGGAUCGCAACAUGUUGUAUUUGGCCCCUAGAGAGGUUUACACCUUUACCAAACACGGCACGAUCCCUGAUACCUGGACUCAAGACGUUCGCGCCAAGUGGGAGCAUUACGCACGCAUGAUCAUCCUAGCAUCCAUAACCGACCCAGCGCUCCAUAUGCUCCUUGCCAUGGAUCCCGACGCAACGGCUCACGACUGGUGGGUCGCCUUUCGGGAACGAUACGCACCCAACGACGCCCUCGCCACAAUUUCCCUCGUCGACAAAUUUUGCAACAUGCCCGGUAUGCCCUCCGAUCACGCAGGUUUCCUCGAAUGGUCCAAGCGAACCCUAAACUUGGCGACCCACAUAAGGAAGAACGAAAUCGACGUCGAACAGCUCAUGGCAGCUCGACUCCUCGCCAACGUACCCCCAGCACUUGAGCCUUGGCGAUCGGCUGUCAUACGCCGGCUCGAACCUGGUCAGAAACGACUUCCUUCGUUUGAGGAUUUGCUCUGGUCCCUCCGCCGUCACCUCGACACGCCUUGCCAGUUUUGCUUCAGCCGCGAACAUAUGGCGAAUCAAUGUCCGGGGCGGGAACAGCGCACGAAUCAUGUCGAGCACAAGGCCUCGUCAAAUGGUCGUAGAAAGAAGACAAAUUAG